AUGUUCUUCACAAAGACAGCCAUUGCCGCCAGCGGCUUUGCGGCCCUUUCAAACGCUCACAUUCUCAUGAACACGCCCAAGAUUUUCACUACACCAGCUGCUCAAAACGGGCCCCUCGAUCCAAGUGGCAGCAACUUUCCUUGCCAAGCAGCGGGUGGCGUCUACAAUGCCAAUGGCUUCACCAACGUGAUGCCGUUGGGUUCCACACAACCCCUUAGAUUCACUGGUACAGCUGUCCACGGUGGAGGAUCGUGUCAAAUUUCGAUCACCUAUGACACUGCCCCGACCAAGAAUAGCGUGUGGAAAGUCAUUCAUUCGAUCGAGGGCGGUUGCCCCGCAAAGAAUACGCCAGGGAAUCUGGGCAACGACCCGACUGCUCCGGUCCCAUUCGACUACAGCUUCCCGAUCCCGGACGACAUUCCUACGGGGAAUGCCACGGUUGCCUGGACGUGGCUGAACAAGAUUGGCAACCGCGAGUUCUACAUGAAUUGCGCGCCUGUCACUCUGACCGGCACUGGAGGUGAUAAGUCGAACUGGGAGUCCCUUCCAGACAUGGUUGUGGCCAACAUUGCUCCGGCCAACGGAUGUGUGACAGUUGAGGGUCAAGAUUACGCAUACCCCAACCCUGGAAAGUCAGUCGACAUCUUCGCCAGUGGAGCGCUCUCCCCUCUUGGUGCCAACUGUGGUGCGGCUGCCAGCCCUGCUUCUGGAAGCGGAGGUAGCGGAGGUAGCGGAGGCAGCGGAUCCAGCGCUCCUACCACAGCAGCGGUUGCGCCCCCUUCGCCAUCGACCACGCUCGCCGGCGGUGUCUUUAUCGAGCCGAGCAAGUCGGCUGCCAGCCCGCCCGCUGCCACCACCCAGCCCGCUGCGGCGCAACCAGUGGCGUCUCAGCCGUCUACGCCGAAGUCCCCAGCGGUCCAGUCUCCGGCAGUCCAGCCCUCCCAAACCCAACCGGCUGCUCAGCCUGCCCCGUCGAUUUCUGGGGGAAGCGGCACUUCCGGCGCCUUUGCUGCUGGUGCUGCCUGCAGCCCCGAAGGUCAAUGGAAUUGCAUUGGAGGGACGUCUUUCCAGCGGUGCGGCAGCGGUGCAUGGUCGGCAGUGCAGGCACUGGCCGCCGGCACAAGCUGCACGGCUGGACAGUCGGCGGCGAUUAACAUUGUGGCAACGAAAGCGCGUCGUGUCGCCGUUCCAUUCCGGGCAUAA